AUGGGAGAUGCUGAAGUGGGCAAGAAGAUUUUUGUUCAGAAAUGUGCUCAGUGCCACACAGUGGAAAAAGGUGGGAAACACAAAACAGGUCCAAAUCUCUGGGGCCUUUUCGGGCGGACGACAGGACAAGCACCAGGAUUUUCUUACACUGAAGCAAACAAGAACAAAGGUAUUGUCUGGUCAGAAGCAACUUUGAUGGAAUAUUUGGAGAACCCAAAGAAAUUCAUCCCUGGCACUAAAAUGGUCUUUGCUGGUAUCAAAAAGAAGAGUGAGAGAGAAGAUCUUAUUAAGUAUUUAAAACAGGCAACAUCCUCAUGA